UUAAAACAAAAACAAAAAACCUUGAUUUCUAGUUCCACAAGUGAAAAUGAAGAAAAUUUCAAUUUGUGUCUCAUUUUUAUUUAUCAACCUUCUUCAUGUGUCUUGUUCACUUGUUCCACAAAAUAAUGAUUUAGUGGACCAAGUAUGCAAAAAGACACCAUAUUAUGAUUUAUGCAUUUCCACACUACAAUCCAAUCCUCAAGCCAAAAAUACUGAUACUAAGGGUAUAGCCCUUAUAAUGGUGAAGGAUAUUGUAUCAAAUCUUAAUGACACAUUGAAUUUCACUCAAGGUCUUAUAAAAAAAACAUCUGACGUGGGUUUGAAGAAAAACUUAGAUUUUUGUGCUGAGACAUACAUUCCAUUGGUGAAAUAUGUUCUGCCACAAGCAGCAGAUGCUGUAAACCAAAGUAGAUUUGAGUAUGCGAAUUACUCCAUCAAUGAUGCUGGAAAGGAAAUUGGUUCUUGUAACAAUAAAUUCUCAGGCUCAACAACUUCACCCUUAAGUGAUAGGAAUGUCACUAUACAAAAAUUGUUUGAUAUUGCUUCUGCCAUACUAAAACUUUUAUAAAAUGUUCUGAUUUAUUUUAAUUUUCAUUCAAUAAAUUUGA